AUGAGUACAGUCUCAAAUCAACAACACAUUCAAAGAAUCUCAGGUGAUGAGAAAUUCAUUGCAUCACAAUCAAUUACAGUUGGUGGUGAAACCAAUGGUGAAACCAAAGCUCGUAGAAACACUAAAUACCCAGACUUGAUCUCUCAACCAGAUGACACUACCAAGACUCUCUAUGAUGUCUAUCAAAAGAACAAAAAUUCAGAGAAGCCAUUUUUAGGUAUUAGAGGCUUAUUGGCUGAUGGUAAGACACGUGGUCCAUAUCAAUGGAUCACCUACAAGGAUGCAGCAAAGAGAGCCGAGAAUGUAGGUUUUGCUCUUUUCAAUCAAGGAAUUCAAAAGGGUGACCGUAUCGGUAUCUUUUCAAUCAACAGACCAGAGUGGGUUAUUUCAGAUAUGGGUUCAAUGAACCACGGUAUCGUCCCAGUUGCUCUCUAUGCUACUCUUGGUCCAAAUGCCAUUGAAUACGUUAUCAAUCAUGCUGAAAUUAAAUUGGUUUUAUGUGAAGGCAAGAAUAUUGACAAGUUACUUCAAAUGACAAAUGCUCAAUCAUUGACUACUAUUGUCAGUUUUGAUCAACCAACUGAAGCCAUUUUGAACAAAUUAAAGGAUUCAUCGAUUAAAUUCUUUACUCUUGCUCAAUUUGAACAAUUGGGUGCUCAAAACCCAACUGCACAUACUCCAUCCAACCCAGAUGAUCUUUGUACAUUAUUAUAUACUUCAGGUUCAACUGGUAAUCCAAAGGGAGUAAUGUUAACUCAUACAAAUAUGGUAUCAGAAGUAGCAGGUGCAUAUUUCUCACCAGCUGGUUUAACCAGUGAUGAUGUUCACAUGUCAUAUUUGCCAUUGGCUCACUCUUUUGAGAGAGCUGUCGUUUCGAUGGUUUGUUUUGUUGGUGGACAAAUUGGAUUCUUUUCAGGUGUCAUUCCAGAGCUCUUUAACGAUAUUCACGAGUUGAAGCCAACCUUUUUGUGCGGUGCACCACGUGUAUGGCAAAAGUUGCACGACAAGAUGUGGUUGACCAUCAACGGCGAGUCAUGGCUCAAGAGAACCUUGUUCACCUGGGGUCUCAGCUCCAAGCAAAGUGCUCAAAAGUCUGGUGGUUCCACCCCAAUCUGGGAUAGCAUCAUCUUUUCCAAGACCAAGGAACGUAUUGGUGGCCGUGUCAAGUUUAUCCUCUCUGGCUCUGCUCCAUUGGACCCCAAGAUUGGUGAGUUCCUCAAGGCUGUGUUCUGCUGUCCAGUCGUCCAAGGUUACGGUCUCACUGAGAAUGUCGGCGGUGCCUGCGUCGGCUACCCAGAAGACCCAGAGAGUGCCUACGUCGGUCCACCAUUGGCCUGUUGCGAGGUCAAGCUCGUCGACGUCCCCGAGAUGAACUACUACGCCACCGACAAGCCAAACCCACGUGGUGAGGUUGCCAUCCGUGGUUACAACGUCUUCAAGGGCUACUACAAGGACCCAGAGAAAACCGCCGAAGAUCUCCGUCAAGACGGAUGGUUCCACACUGGUGAUAUUGGUCGUUGGAAUGCCAACGGAACACUCUCUAUCGUCGAUCGUAAAAAGAACAUCUUUAAGUUGUCGCAAGGAGAGUAUGUUGCCGCCGAGUACCUCGAGGGUAUCUAUGUGCGUUCACCACUUGCCUCGCAAGUCUUUGUCUAUGGUGACUCUCUCAACAGUUUCCUCGUCGGUGUUGUCGUCCCCGAUUUCGAUGUCUUGGAAAAGUUGAUUCCAUCCAAGUACCCACACCUCGAUUUCAACGACAAGAAGGCUCUCGUCAAGUCCAAGGAACUCUACAAGGAGAUCAUGGACUCGCUCGAAGUCUCUGCCAAGGGUGCCAACCUCCAAAGCUUCGAAAAGAUGAAGCACAUCCAUUUGGAAGACACUGCCUUUUCCGAGGAAAACAAUCUCAUGACCCCAUCGUUCAAGCCAAAGAGACCACAACUCAAAGAGCAUUAUGAAUCCAUCAUUGCUAACCUCUACAAAGAGUAUAAGCAACUUCACCCAGAAAUAUCAAGAUUUGAUAAUUAG